AUGAAGCUUUCAUCAAUUUCAAGCAUUGCACUUGCUACUGCUGUCUCUGCCCAACAGACUCCAUACGGACAAUGUGGUGGUAUCGGUUGGAGUGGAGCCACGACUUGUACUGCUGGAUGGACAUGCAAAUAUGGGAAUGAGUACUACUCUCAGUGUUUACCUGGAAAUAAUCCUCCUGCAAGCUCGUCCUCGACUUCAAAGACUUCAACGACACUGUCAACAGUAAUUUCAUCUUCCGUUAAAACAACAACAUCACCUACGAAGACAACAGCUAGUCCAUCGACAUCAGCAUCAGCAACAGGAAAAGUCAAGUACGCAGGAGUAAACAUCGCCGGCUUCGACUUUGGCUGCGCUACCAACGGCGCCCAAACCCUCUACUCCGUCCAGCCUCCCCUUUCCUCUCUCGGUGGUCCCGACGGAAUUGGCCAAAUAUCCCAUUUCAUCCGCGACGACCAUAUGAACAUCUUCCGACUCCCAGUUGGCUGGCAGUACCUCGUCAACAACAAUCUCGGCGGGCUACUCGACUCCACAAACUUCGGGAAAUAUGACCAGCUGGUGCAAGGCUGCUUAGCAAGUGGUGCGACAUGCAUUGUUGACAUUCAUAAUUACGCGAGGUGGAAUGGUGGGGUGAUUGGACAGGAUGGUCCGACAGAAGACCAGUUUGUGAAUUUGUGGACGCAAUUGGCGGGUAAGUAUAAGGGAAGUGAUAGAGUUGUUUUUGGAUUGAUGAAUGAGCCGCAUGAUAUUGACAUUGGGAGGUGGGCCGUGACGGUGCAGGCUGUGGUGACGGCGAUUAGGAAUGCGGGAGCGACUGGGCAGAUGCUUCUCCUUCCAGGAAACGAUUGGACUUCCGCAGGCGCCUUCAUCUCCAACGGCUCCGGCGCAGCGCUGAUAAAAGUCACGAAUCCAGAUGGCAGCACCACCGGGCUAAUCUUCGAUGUACAUAAAUACCUCGACAGCGAUAAUUCUGGCACGCAUUCGGAAUGCGUGACUGACAAUGUUUCUGGAGCUUUCCAGCCACUUGCGACUUGGCUGAGAACGAAUAAACGCCAGGCUAUGCUGACAGAGACCGGAGGCGGAAAUGUGGCGUCUUGUGUGCAAUAUAUGUGUAGUCAGGUUGCAUUCUUGAAGUGA